GAAAGGCAGGGCCGUUUGUGAGGGGCGACCACUAGAGAGAGGGGAAGAAUGGCUGAAGGGGCUUAUUGAAGGAAGCCCUUUCCUUCUCCCAGCCCAGAAAAUAACGCUAAUCACAAAAUGAAAUCCCAAAAGGGGUGGUUUGACCUUGAGGUGUCCAAGUCAUAGAGAGAUCUACCAAAGAAGAAAGUAUGAGUCACUUACGGCUGAUUGCUGCUACCCUGAAAUAUCGUGGCAUUUAUUCAUUGGUGGAGAAAAAUGUAAACAGAAGAGUAUUUCUGCAAAGUCAGAAUUAUGCUUCAACUGGAGUGACAGAACCUUUCUUGAGUGGAACUAAUUCAAGUUAUGUUGAAGAAAUGUAUUAUGCAUGGCUUGAAAAUCCAAAAAGUGUGCAUAAGUCCUGGGAUUUAUUUUUCCGAAAUGCUACUUCUGGAGCUCUUCCUGGACAAGCCUAUCAAACACCUUUGGCAGACUUUUCGGAAAGUAAAACUUCACUAAUCCAAAGCCAUGGGCUCACAAAGUCUCCAGGUAAAGCUGAAAAACUGGUUGAAGAUCAUCUAGCUGUCCAGUCAUUGAUACGAGCAUAUCAAAUCCGUGGACACCAUGUGGCUCAGUUGGAUCCGUUAGGAAUCUUGGAUGCUGACUUGGAUUCAUUCGUUCCAUCGGAUUUAAUCACUACUAUAGAUAAACUGGAGUUUUAUGGGUUAUAUGAGUCUGACUUGGACAAAGUAUUCCAGUUGCCAACAACAACCUUUAUAGGAGGAAAUGAAACUAUGCUUUCUUUACGAGAAAUCAUCAAACGAUUGGAGAAUACAUAUUGUCAACAUAUUGGGUUGGAGUUUAUGUUCAUUAAUGACGUGGAACAGUGUGAUUGGAUUCGACAGAAAUUUGAGACUCCAGGUGUCAUGAAAUUCAGCAGUGAUGAAAAAAGGACAUUGUUGGCUAGAUUGGUGCGAUCAACAAGAUUUGAGGAUUUUCUUGCCAGGAAAUGGUCUUCGGAGAAGCGUUUUGGCUUGGAAGGAUGUGAAGUAAUGAUCCCUGCUCUCAAAAGCAUCAUUGAUAAGUCUAGUGAAAUGGGAAUUGAAUAUGUUAUAAUGGGCAUGCCACACAGAGGAAGGUUGAAUGUAAUGGCUAAUGUUAUUCGAAAAGAGCUUGAACAGAUCUUUUGCCAGUUUGAUCCAAAACUUGAAGCAGCUGAUGAGGGAUCUGGGGAUGUAAAAUAUCAUUUGGGAAUGUACCAUGAGAGGAUCAAUCGAGCAACAAACAAAAAAAUUGCCUUAUCUCUUGUGGCUAAUCCGUCUCAUUUGGAAGCAGUAGAUCCUGUGGUACAAGGGAAGACCAAGGCUGAACAAUUUUACCGAGGGGAUUCUGAGGGGAAAAAGGUCAUGUCUAUACUUCUACAUGGAGAUGCUGCCUUUGCUGGACAAGGAGUGGUUUAUGAAACUUUUCAUCUCAGUGAUCUUCCAUCAUAUACCACCAAUGGUACCAUUCAUGUUGUGGUCAACAAUCAGAUUGGUUUUACUACGGAUCCACGAAUGGCUCGCUCAUCUCCAUAUCCAACUGAUGUGGCUCGGGUGGUCAAUGCGCCUAUAUUCCAUGUGAAUUCUGAUGAUCCGGAAGCAGUGAUGUACGUGUGCAAUGUAGCAGCAGAAUGGCGAAACACAUUUAAUAAAGAUGUGGUAAUAGAUCUAGUUUGUUACCGAAAACGAGGCCACAAUGAAAUGGAUGAGCCCAUGUUCACCCAGCCUUUAAUGUACAAGCAAAUUCAUAAGCAAGUAUCAGUGCUUAAAAAGUAUGCUGACAAGCUGAUAGCUGAUGGAACUGUAACACUGCAGGAGUUUGAGGAGGAAAUUGCAAAGUAUGAUAAGAUUUGCGAAGAAGCAUAUAGUAGGUCCAAAGAUAAUAAAAUUCUACACAUUAAACACUGGCUUGAUUCGCCUUGGCCAGGUUUCUUUAAUUUAGAUGGAGAACCAAAAAGUAUGACUUGUCCCCCAACUGGCAUCCCUGAAGAGAUGCUAACCCAUAUUGGCAACAUAGCUAGCUCUGUGCCACUUGAAGGAUUUAAAAUACAUGGAGGACUUUCUCGGAUUUUGAAAGGUCGAUUGGAAAUGACAAAGAACCAAAUUGUUGACUGGGCCUUGGCAGAGUACAUGGCUUUUGGGUCUUUAUUGAAAGAAGGUAUCCACGUGCGGUUAAGUGGACAAGAUGUAGAAAGGGGUACUUUCAGCCAUCGCCACCAUGUGUUGCAUGAUCAAGAUAUAGACAAAAGGACCUGUGUUCCCAUGAAUCAUCUCUGGGAGCAACAAGCUCCCUACACUGUAUGCAACAGCAGUCUUUCGGAAUAUGGGGUUUUAGGUUUUGAACUUGGCUUUGCUAUGUCAAGUCCCAACGCUCUAGUUUGCUGGGAGGCUCAGUUUGGUGACUUUCACAAUACAGCACAAUGCAUAAUUGAUCAAUUUAUCUGCUCAGGACAGGCCAAGUGGGUUCGUCACAAUGGAAUUGUCCUACUUUUGCCUCAUGGAAUGGAAGGAAUGGGCCCAGAACAUUCUUCAGCCAGGCCAGAGCGGUUUCUUCAGAUGUGCAAUGAUGAUCCAGAUGCUUUCCCACAAUUUGAUGAUGAUUUUGCGGUUUCCCAACUCUAUGAUUCCAAUUGGAUUGUGGUAAACUGCUCAACUCCAGCCAGUUACUUCCAUGUUCUCAGAAGGCAAAUCUUAUUGCCAUUUAGAAAGCCUCUGAUCAUUUUCACACCAAAGUCGUUGCUGAGACAUCCUGAAGCAAAAUCCAGUUUUGAUGAAAUGAUGUCAGGAACCAGUUUCAGGCGUGUGAUCCCUGAAGAUGGCCCUGCAGCUGAAACCCCUGGUGAAGUGAAACGGGUGGUUUUCUGUACAGGGAAGGUAUACUAUGAUCUUGUCAAAGAGAGGAAGAACCAGGAUUUGGAGAAGGAGGUGGCAAUAACCAGAUUAGAGCAGAUCUCUCCUUUCCCUUUUGACUUACUCAGAGAGGAAAUUGAGAAGUAUGCUAAAGCUGAUCUUGUCUGGUGUCAAGAAGAGCAUAAGAACAUAGGAUAUUAUGACUAUGUCAAACCACGUUUCCGCACCAUUGUGAACCAUACUCGGCCAAUAUGGUAUGUUGGUCGUGAUCCAGCUGCUGCUCCAGCAACUGGCAACAAGAACACGCAUCUGGUGUCGCUCCGAAGAUUUUUGGAUACAGCUUUCAAUCUGGAAGCAUUUGAAGGAAAGAUGUUUUGAUUGUAAUACAAGCAGUCCUUCUUCUCAAUGUGUACUUUUGUUUUUAUGCACUUAGAAAAGGCCAUGGCCGUAAAAAAAAUCAGUGGGAAAAUACUUGUAAUUUCUAAAUGGUACUUCCUCAAAUAGCUCCUCCCUCCUGAACCAUUGUGAAUGGUUGCAAAUACUAGGGGUACCUCUGUCAAUUCUUCUUCAUUCAGUGUGGUUUUAAGGAUUACAGCACAGCUACCUCUUAGUGAAGAGACACAAUAAACACCCUUUUUGAAACUUGAUGUUUUGGAAUAUUUAAGGUAGACUGAAUCAAUAAAGAAAUUUCUUUACACUUUUGACAAUAAAACAGAAAUGAUUAAAAUGCAGAUUAUGUAAACAGUCUCAUAAAUCUCAAAUUGCAUCCACUCUUGCUUUGUUGAAUUCUUGCAUGUGCAAGUGCAGUAUAAAACUUAACACAGAAUGAGACAUUACUUUGCCUUUUUUCUUUCUUUCUUCAGUCAUCCAAAGUAAUUAUUCCCCUCCCCCAAAUCCUUGCAAACAUCAAAUUUACAAACAAAUUGCUCCUAGUUGCAAACAGGGGUGAGGCAACAGGAAGUGAGAUAAACAUACCCCUGAAAGAGAUAUCAUGGGGAAAAGGUGUUUCCACUAAAGCUUCAAUCCUUGUCUCCACAACAAAUACAAAUUAAGAACAAACCUACAGAACCUAUCUUAUUCGUAAUUUGGGGACUACCUAUGUAUACAUCACAUACAUAUAACAGCUCCUGCAUCCGUAGUUGGCAUAUGUCGAUAUUUUGUGGCUUUAUUUUAGCAUUAAUCUAGACUAGCAAUCUUAUCUCAAUACACUGAAAAUUCUGAAAGAGAAGCAAGAGGACAUUAAGGGUAGAUUUAAUGUCAGCAAGCAAGAAAGCCUCACAUAUAUUUUUCUUGAAUUUAAUUUUGUUUCAUUUGGGGUAGGGCUUGUAUAUUUCAAAUUUGCUAAAAUGCAUGGUUUUUCUCAGAAAUCACUUCCUCUAUUAUAAAAAAAAUAAGAGAAUGAGGCAAAAUUAACUGAAUUGUAUCUGAAUUAUAUCUGGCAGAGCAACAACCAAAAUCAAUAUAGCUCAUUGUGAGGUUCCCUCUCCCUUUCUUGGUUUAUCCAACAGUGGGAAACUUCGCUAUUUAAAAAUUACAAGGUUUCUUAUAGAUAGUUUAGAUAGCAGAUCCUCAGUCUGGCACUAGCUGGCUUUUUUCCAGUCUGUUUGGACCAUUCUCCUUGGUCAUGAGUGCUGCAGCAUAGCCAUGACAGUGUAGUGGAUAGGUGUUUUCAGCUUCUCUACUCAAUGUUGGUAGUUCCAGUUUGUUCUGCCCUUCCAAGCACUAAAACCAUUUGGAACUUACAAUUGCUUGCUUUAUAUUUAUGUAGCAUUGAAUCAGAUUUAAUUAUUGCUGGACAAUACUCUGCAGAAUUACUUGGGAAUGAGUCUGCAUUCAAUAUAACAGAACUUCCUUCUAAGCAUGCUUGCUUGGGAUAGUGCUUUAAGUAGCCUAAAUGCAAAACAUUCUGAGUUGUUGGUUUUUUUUACUCAAGAAUUUGAAAGGGAAGAACUAGUUACAGUUUAAAUAAUACUACUACUAAUAAUAAUAGGUCUAUAUAUUUUCCUGUGUUUUUACAAGGCAAUCUCUCAGUAUAACUUGAAAUACUUUCUGUCUCCUUUUCAGUGAUAAAUGUGCUGGUGUCUGAGAAUGCACACAUUUAGAGAGCAAAAUUAACAUAGACAUAAAAAUGGGAAAAGACAGGCUUCCAUUUUCAUUGUUGUGGACUGUAAUAUUAUAGUUUAAAAAAUAAAUUCUGUCUAAGGAUGUGAGAAAUAAACAGUGAAAUAUAAA